AUGGAAAAGGACGCGGGACAUUUUUGCUACGACGCUUACCCGACGGUGUCCAAGCAAAAUACGAAUUCGUUGAAACGCGAUGGUAAGGAGAAGAAAGAGGAGAAAUCGUGCUGUUGCUUCGGGAAGAAGGCGAGAAAGAGAAGCAAGGCUUUCCUGGCUGGAUUGGCGACCAAUUUAGGCAUAUGCGUACUGCUGUUCGGCUACACGCUAAUAGGCUCGGUGAUUUUCCUCUCGAUCGAAGGCGGUGCCAGCUAUCAGCACCAGAUACUGGCCACCACGUCCCUUUCAACCGGCAUCAACGGCUCCGCCAGGAAGUCCAAUCACAGCGCCGAGCUCAAGGCGAAGACCGACGAGGCUCGGGCUAAGACCGUCGAAAAUAUCUGGGACAUCACCGUUAGUUUGAACAUUCUCUACAGGGACAACUGGACCAGAUUGGCGGCCCAGGAGAUCACGAGGUUUCAGGACGAGCUCCUGAAGUCGAUGACCGAGGAAAUGGCGCACCAGCAGCCGCUGCAAGUGGCCAAAUUCGGCGGGAAAAACGCCGCGGAUAAUUACGAAUGGAGUUUCGCCAAGGCUUUUCUCUACUCCUUGACCGUCUUGACUACUGUAGGUUAUGGGAGUAUAGCCCCGAGGACGUCGCUGGGCAAGGCGGUGACCAUGGGCUACGCCAUGGUGGGCAUACCGUUGACUCUGCUCUAUCUGUCGAGCGUGGGAUCAAUCCUGAGCAGGGUGGCCCGAGGCGUGUUUUCCCGGGCCUUGUGCUGCUGUCUCUGCUCGAAUUGCGGCUACUGCUGCUACGACGAGAAGCGGAUGGCCGAAAAGGAGAGGAAAAUGAAGCGGAAACGGCAGCAGAUGGAGCUCCAGCAACAAUUAGGACUUCAAGAGCCGUUCUACGUUCGAUCGAACUCGAACUACAGCAACAAUUUGCACUCGCCUUGCAGGGACGGGCCGGUCAAGGAGCUGGAUAGCCUCAGCGGUACAGACAACGAGUCGAAAACGUCCAUGCACGGAUGGUCGAUAUUGGCUCCCAUUUUGUUGUGUCUUUGUAUCAUGUUUAUAUACAUAUGUAUCGGUACUUUUGUGUUGUACAAACUGGAGGACUGGGCGCUGCUCGACGGGUUCUAUUUCUGCUUCAUGAGCCUGACUACCAUAGGAUUCGGAGACAUGGUUCCGGGUUCUGAUCCGUUCCAGAACUACGAAUCCAACACGACCAUUUGGUUCUGUUCGAUAUACAUAAUGUCCGGCAUGGCCUUGACGGCCAUGUGCUUCAACGUCGUACACGACGAAAUUAUCCACAGACUGAAACACCAAGCGAAAGCGAUACCGAAAUUGAACUCGAGCAGCUUCCCGGACGAUUUGAAUUUGAACAUCAGCAGCGACCCGUUCAGCGCGGCUUCAUGA